AUAACGGUCAACGCGCGCGCAUCUCUUCUUCGCUUCUUCAAGAACACAAAUGGRGAGCAGCAGGCUCAAUGAAACUASUCGUAGCAAGAACRACAAGGCGAGGCUCUACCGUACAGAAAGCAGCAAUCAACAUCCAAAAUCCAACAUACUACGAUAGCUCUUCGUUUAACCUUUAAGGUGGACAGUAUACAAAGAGCAGGAACAAAAUAAUAGACCAUGGUCAAAGUUUGGUAUGAACCACCUCCCGGAGGACCUCGAACGCAUCUCAAUCGCGGCRGUUACUACGUUGAGAGCGCGAGAACUCCUGCAAUCAUCACCAAGAUGAGCAAGGCACGCCCGAUUACUGUUAUUCUUCCUGCCAUUGCCGCGAUCUCUGCAAUGUGCUAUGUUCCAUUGAGUAAGUAAUGCUGGUCAAUAUGGCGCAGGGAUCUGAAUUUUUUAUUCAUCGAGGUGACGAAACUGCUUGACACAAAACAAAAUGACACUGGAAUCUAAACCGAUGCACCAUCUUGGCUUUUCUUGUCUCCGUUCUCCGAUACAUAUUAUUCGCGAUGACGCMAAUGCCAACAAUAGUGGGCCAGAAGGGACUCCCAAGCACUUUGAAUCCAGAGCACGUAGCAGCACAGAGAGCUUACAUGCGUUACCACAAUAUGAACCCCAUUUUCGGAGUCUCCAGUAAGCGUGCGCGUUCUGCCGAUCCCGAUCAUUAAUUUCCUUGUCAAAAAAUAACGUCUCUUGACAUAGAAUAUUGAGUUCAGAAGGAAAAGAAUAGAAUGGUAUGACCGAAAAUGGUAUAGUCGCCAUGUUCGAAACAAAUGCACGUUAAGAAUGGACGAUUGUAGCAAUCGGAAAUUUCGUCUAAUAAUUGAUUAGAAAACAAAGAAAUCUAGCGGAAUAUC